AUGGAGGCGCUUCUUUCGUUACAAGAUGAGUUGUUUGAUAAUUUGAUUAAGGCUGAGAGAAAUUUCAAGAAAACUUCAAAAGAAAGAAUUAAGCGUCAGUACUUAGAAACGAGAUUGGAGUUGUUAGAGCAACUAUUUAAAGAUUUUAAAGACGGACACAAGGAGGUAGUUGCAAGGGCGAAAGAAUCAGCCAAUGCAAUUAGGAGUUUGUUGGAUACGACAUCUACUUGUCUUAAGUCUUUGGAGAACUUAGGCAUUAGCACUGAAUCCAGUUACGCUAACGCGUCUGUCGUUUACUUAGUCGUCUCAAAAUUGGAUACGGAAUCUGUCAAACAAUGGGAACAGCAGUUAAAUAUGAAAUGUGAUGAGUUGCCCACUUGGAUACAAUUGAGGGAUUAUUUAGAGUACAGAUUUAGGACAUUAGAAAUGAUAGAUACAAAUGGUAACCGCGCUGCGCAACCAUCAAGGUCAGCUGCUAAGUCGAAAUCUUUUCACGCGUCAUUAGAGAAGGAAAAGGAGAAGUCAAAAGCUAAACAAGAGUGUCCGAUGUGUCAUGAAAUUCAUUAUCUCAACCAGUGCAAGCGUUUUAGCCUUAUGACACCUAAGCAAAGACAAGACUUUGUUCAAACUAGCAAAUUGUGUUUUAAUUGUCUGGCACCAACUCAUGCGGUUGUUAAGUGUCGUCAGUCGUUCAGCUGCAAGAAAUGUGGGAGAAGACAUCACACGAUGCUACACUUUGAGAGAGAGAACCAGGAGCCAGCCAGUAACCUGGAACAGGCAGCCGCAGUGUCGUCGAGUGAACCACAGCAGGAGAGGGCGAAUACGACGCGAGGUGACACACACAUAACUACUGCAUUUUCUAGAGGAGAGCUACAACCCGACUGCGUGCUACUUGCGACGGCGAAGGUUAAGGUAUUCCAUUCUAACGGUUUUAAAUACAUAAUUCGCGCUUUACUUGAUCAAGGGUCACAAGCAUCUUUUGUGUCUGAGUCAACUGUGCAGUUAUUGGGUCUUGUACGUAAACCGGUAAGUGGCUGGGUGUCAGGGCUGGGGAAUGGUCGUAUGAAGAUAAAAAACACGGUUACACUUCGCUUGGAAUCACGUCAUAAUACAGCUAGUUACAUCCUAGUUAAUGCUUAUGUGUUGCAUUCAUUAACGUCACUGCUUCCUUCUACCAACGUGAGUCUAGUUUCUAAAUGGUUAGAAAUUGAUAAGCUUCCUUUAGCGGAUCCUACAUACUCGACGCCAGGUAAGAUUGAUAUUCUGUUAGGUGCAGAGGUUUAUAGCGAAAUAUUACUCGAUGGCGUUAUGAAGCAUCCUGAUUGUAAUUUAAUAGCACAAAACACAGUGUUUGGAUGGAUUUUGUCAGGAAGAAUGUCAAAGGGAGAUCGAACGUUGGCAAAAGAUAAUCUCAUUAGCAUGCACAUACAUAUGAAAGAGGAUGAGUUACUUAAAAGGUUUUGGGAAAUGGAAAAUGAGCCUAAUUUAAUAAAGAAAGAGAUGACUAAUAGCGAGAAAGUAUGUGAAGAUUUGUUUGAUUCAACUACAGUGAGAGAUGACGAAGGGAGAUUUAUAGUGAGAUUGCCUUUUGCAACGGACGAUCCUAAGUGUCAAUAUGGUAAUACAGAAGUGAGAGCUGUGAAUAGGUUAGAAAGGUUAGAGAGAAAGUUAUCGAAAGAUUUAAAAUUGAGAGAAGAAUAUAAUAAGGUUAUGAGUGAGUACUUGAGUAUGAAUCACAUGAGAAUGGUUUCUGAGAGUGAGUUGCAGAAAUCAAAGGCUGUCUAUCUUCCUCACCACGCUGUGGUGAGAGAAGAUAAAGACACUACCAAGGUGAGAGUCGUCUUUGACGCUUCAAGCAAAGGUGACAACGGUGUAUCACUAAAUGACGAGCUUCUUGUUGGGCCAAGGUUACAACAAGAUUUAAGGCACAUCUUGAUGAGAUGGCGUCAUCAUAAAAUCUGUAUCGUAGCCGAUAUUGUCAAAAUGUAUCGAAUGGUGAGAGUGGCGGACAAGGACACAGAUUUUCAGAGAAUUGUCUGGAGAUUCGACCCGUCCGAGCCUAUACAACGUUACAAAUUGUUACGUUUAACGUUCGGUACAGCAUGCGCGCCAUAUCUAGCGGUCAAGGUUUUGCACAGACUUGCUGAGUUAGAACAGAAAAGGUAUCCAUUAGCUUCGGCAAUAACAAAACAGGGCUACUAUAUGGAUGAUUUGAUGACUGGUUCUGAUACGGUUAGUGAGGUAAUCAAAAUUUAUGAGGAGAUGAAUGAGUUAAUGAGGAGUGGAGGUUUUGAGUUACAGAAAUGGAACAGUAAUAAUGAAAGGUUUUUAGAACAGAUUGGAAAAAUUGAGACAAGUGAAAGGCAAAUUAUUAAAUUAAAUGAUUUAAUCAAGGUGUUAGGAUUGAGUUGGAAUAGGAAGAAUGAUAAUUUUGAAUACGUAGUAGACUUACCUGAACCUAAGGAUUUAGUCACUAAAAGACAAGUAUUAUCGGAAGUAGCGAGAUUGUAUGACCCAUUAGGUUGGAUUGCUCCAGUGGUAGUUAAUGCUAAGAUUUUAAUUCAGAAACUGUGGAAGUCUGGUUUGGAGUGGGAUGAAAGUUUGACGGACGAAUUACAUGAUGAAUGGCUAAAAUACAGACAAGAGUUAGUGGAUUUGAAGAAGCUCAAAAUACCUAGAUGGUUAAAUUUUACAAAAGAGUGCAAGAGAGAGUUACAUGUAUUUUCAGAUUCUUCAAAAACAGCCUUUGCGGCAGCAGUUUACAUACGAGUGAUUGAUAGAUCAAAUAGAGUGUACGUACAUUUACUGGCCGCGAAGACACGAGUUGCCCCGAUCGUCAAAGAAAUUACUAUACCCCGACUUGAAUUGUGUGGUGCCACUUUAGCAGCCAAGCUUAUUUGUGAAGUAUCACAAGUUUUAGAUAUUCCUAAGAAACAUCUCUAUGGAUGGACCGACUCCACCAUAGUGUUAGCAUGGCUCCAAGGAGGAUCAAGUCGAUGGGCUACAUUUGUUAGCAACAGAGUGUCCACCAUAUUGAAUAUAAUGGAUUAUCAGCAGUGGAGUCAUGUCUCUUCCGAGACAAACCCCGCGGAUUGUGCUUCGCGUGGUCUGCAACCCAAAGAGUUGAGAGAGCAUACGUUGUGGUGGAGAGGGCCGCAAUGGUUAUCAGAGGCUACUGUAAAAACAGAGAGCAUACAAUUCGACACACACGAAGAGGAACGAAUCAAGUCUUUAACCGUUUUAUCUCACAUUGAGGAAAAUUUUAUUUGGUCAAAAUAUUCAUCUUUGAAUAAAUUAUUAAAAAUUGUUUCCUAUUGUAGACGAGUUUUAAAUUAUAAAUUAAAGAAAGAAAAUAGACCUAAAUUACCUAAAUAUAUCACAUCAAGUGAAAUGAACGAAACCUUAUUAGGAUGCAUUAAACAAGUUCAGGAGUGCGAAUUUUUAUUUGAGAUAAAACAGUUAAAGACUGAAGGAUGUGUGCCUAAAAAGAGUAAAUUACGAUCUCUUUGUCCCUUUUUGGACCAAAAAGGGAUAUUAAGAGUAAGUGGACGCAUAGCACAAUCGGACGCGUGCUAUGACAUGAAGCACCCGAUAAUUAUGCCUGGUAAACAUCAUUUUACCAAGGUUUUAAUUGCGGAUGCUCAUACCAAAACAUUGCACGGUGGCCCACAGGCUAUGUUAAACUUAAUAAGAACCAAGUACUGGAUCUUACGUGCUAAGGAACGUGUUAAAAAAUAUUUUAGAGAAUGCACUAUUUGUCUGAGAUACUCAACAAAGAAGACUACUCCUAUAAUGGGCCUGCUUCCCGAGGCACGGUUGAAACCCAGUAAGCCAUUCAAAUCUUCUGGUGUUGAUUACUGUGGUCCUGUCUUACUAAGAUUUUCACCAGGCCGAGGAGCUAAGUCUUAUAAAGGUUACAUUUGCAUAUUCGUGUGUAUGGUUACACGAGCAGUCCAUUUAGAAGCAGUAACUGAUAUGACUGCAAAGGGUUUUAUUGCUGCGUUUAGGAGAUUUACUGCUCGUAGAGGCCAUUGUCAGGAUAUAUACAGUGACAAUGGCACUAAUUUUGUUGGCGCCGAUAAGCAAAUGCUAGAAAUGUUUAAUAGUGCCAAAUCUUCUCUUCCUGGAGAAAUAGCAGAGCUACUUUCUCUAGAAAGAACCAACUGGCAUUAUAUUCCUCCCCACUCGCCUAACUUUGGUGGGCUAUGGGAAUCCUCGGUGCGUGGCACAAAAACCCAUUUGAAAAAAGUAGUAGGGAAUAGUACGCUUACUUACGAAGAAAUGUCGACUGUCCUGGCGCAGGUGGAGGCGUGUUUAAACUCGAGACCGAUUUCUUUGUUAAGCGAUGACCCAAAUGAUCCUUUACCCUUGACACCAGGCCACUUCUUGGUAGGCGAACCUCUGCUAAAUAUUGCAGAUGAGGAUUACACUAAUUCUAAUGUUGUUGGUUUGGAUAGAUGGCGCUUAACGCAAAAAAUUGUAACAGAUUUCUGGAAUAGGUGGUAUAAGGAAUAUCUAGUUAACUUAAAUCAGAGGUAUAAGUGGAACACUAAGCGUGAUGAACCAGAAAUAGGCGAUAUUGUUGUUAUGAAGGAAGACAAUGUACCACCAGCUAAAUGGUUACUUGGUAAGAUUGUUAAAAAAUAUCCUGGACCCGAUAAUGUAACCCGUGUCGUAUCCGUAAGAUGUAAAACAGGAGAAUAUAGGCGUCCAGUGAGUAAAAUUUGUAUUUUAACAAAAUGA